AUGUCCGAUAGCCGCCCGAAGAUAACUCAAUCACAGCCGCGUAACCUACUUCUUCGUGACUUCGCUCUCCACGAUUACGUCUUGCCCACCGGUGGUCCAAUCAACGCAACCAUGACUGAGAUCAUCGUCCUUCUCCCGAACUGGUUCCGCAACCGCGACAUCGCUGUCCGAUUUCAAAACAAUGGCAUCAAUGGUGGCAUCCACUUUGCCAUCUUCAAAGAGCACCACGAUCUUGCUCUAGUGACUGCCACCGAAUGUGAGCGGGCGCGUGACCGCAUUACGGACCAAUAUCGUAGGACAAUGCGCCUGGUUGCUCCGACGUGGACGAAGGCCACUCAGAAGGCUCCAAACGGUUGGAACGAGAACGACAUGGUAAUCAAUAACUUCUUGCCAGACGCCGCUCGCCAACCCGAGUACAUUACUCCUGCUUCAGUUCCGUUCAAGAGCCUUGCGGUGGGCUUGAAGAAGCUUCCGAGUGGUACUGACGCCGGCGAUCUGACGCGCGCCCUCGACUUCGCCAUGAAGAACCAGAAUUUCGACAAGCACAGCCAGGGUGUCGAUUUCAUGUUUCCAGAUGACUUACAAUUGAUCCUAGAUCACAUCGGUAGGACAAAAAUCACUAGCGAGCAUACCGACCCACACACAGUUCGUCAAUAUUCGGAUCUGUUGAAGCAGACCGCUGGCGCCAAAGCCGCGAAGGUGGUAGAUGAGCGCCGGCGCAAGAAGUAUGGU